GAAAUAUGAAUGGUUGCAAUUCCGAUUUUGAUGGAAAUGGUCUUUCCAUGGAAGUUUCAGCCAUAUAUCUUGCCAUGAAAAACUCAAAGCUGGAAUGUGUUGAUGAGCACGGUCAGGAUCCAAUGUCUUCUGACAUAUGCACAGAGGAGGAUGAGUUUGAGGAUUUUGAUGACUUUGACCCAUACUUAUUCAUAAAGACCUUACCAGACUUGUCAACAGUGGUUCCAACUUUUAGACGAUUGUUGUUACCUAAGCAGACUCGUAGUUGCCCUUCAACUACUCUUGUUCUGGACUUGGAUGAAACUUUGGUGCAUUCUACCCUGGAACCUUGUGGGGAUGUAGACUUCACAUUUCCUGUUAAUUUCAAUUGUGAGGAACACAUUGUCUAUGUACGCUGCCGCCCUCAUCUGAAAGAUUUCCUUGAGAGAGUUUCUGGUCUUUUUGAGAUUAUAAUAUUUACAGCUAGUCAAAGUAUUUAUGCUGAGCAACUUCUAAAUGUUCUUGAUCCUAAGCGGAAGAUAUUUCGCCAUCGGGUAUAUCGUGAAUCUUGUGUUUAUGUGGAGGGGAUUUAUCUCAAAGAUUUAACAGUGCUUGGUCGUGAUUUGGCACGCGUUAUAAUAAUUGACAAUUCCCCACAGGCAUUUGGAUUCCAAGUGGAUAAUGGAAUACCGAUUGAGAGUUGGUUUGAUGAUCGUUCAGACCAAGAAUUGCUUUCAUUACUUCCGUUCUUGGAGAGCUUGGUUGGUGUUGAUGAUGUCCGGCCACUAAUUGCAAAGAAAUUCAACCUGCGGGAGAAAAUUGCUGCAGCUACGCAACCAGUAAAUACAAAUAGAAGAGAUUUCGUCGUUGCACAGAAAGUCAAGGAAGCUGAAAUCACAGAGCAGGAUUCACUUCUUCUCACGAGGAAUCUGCUCCGAAUUGCCAUAUUCAAUAUCAGUUAUAUCAGAGGACUAUUUCCUGAGAAGUAUUUCAAUGAUAAGUCUGUUCCCGCUUUAGAGAUGAAGAUAAAAAAACUAAUGCCAGUGGAUGCCGAGUCUCGCAGACUAAUUGAUUGGAUGGAGAAAGGUGUGUACGAUGCUUUACAGAAGAAAUAUCUGAAGACGCUUCUGUUCUGCGUGUGCGAAGCAGUGGACGGACCAAUGAUUGAGGAAUAUGCAUUUUCCUUCAGCUAUUCCGAUUCUGACAAACAAGAGGUUUCAAUGAACAUCAACCGCACUGGAAACAAAAAGAACCGGGGGGCCUUCAAGUGUAACUCGACUACAGAAAUUACUCCCCAACAGAUGAGGAGUUCUGCGUGUAAAAUGAUCCGAACUCUAGUUCAGUUGAUGAGAACUCUCGAGAAAAUGCCAGAAGAGCGUACCAUUCUGAUGAAGCUCCUCUACUACGAUGACGUGACUCCUGCUGAUUAUGAACCUCCUUUCUUCCGGGGCUGCACAGGUGACGAAGCUUAUCAUCCAUGGGAGAAAAAUCCUUUGAAAAUGGAGGUUGGGAAUGUAAACAGCAAGCACUUCGUAUUAGCUCUGAAGGUGAAGAGUGUACUCGACCCUUGUGAGGAUGAUAAUGAGGGAAUUCCGGACGAUAUGAGCAAUGGCGAUGAUUCAAUGCAGCAAAAUGAGUAUUAUGAUACUGACAGUGAGGUUGAUCUUACUCAAGGGAAUAGAUAUGUAGUUGCUCCAAUAGAUAAACAGAAAGAACAGGAAGAUAAUGGCAUGAUUGAUGAAGAUAAUACACAGGAUCCGGUAGAAGAUGAACAACAACAGGUCCGGGUCAAGGAGUGGAUCAAAUGUUGUCACCUUGAGACAAUUGAACUCACUGAUGUUCUAUCUAAUUUUCCAGACAUCUCCGUGGUUCUAACUGAAGAGAUCAUGGAUAAGCUUGUUGAGGAAGGUGUCCUGUCCAAGAUAGGGAAGGAAUCCUACGCCAUUAAUAAGGACAAGAACCUUGAAUAUGAGUUCACCACUGUGAAAGAAGAAAUUGACGGUCAACUUCCUAAAGUCUUUGACAGAGCUUUGCAGGUUGAAGAUCGCUUAUACAUGAAAGCUCUCUAUCAUGCUCUUCCAAUGACACACGUGUCAAUCAGUAAGCUUCAAAGUUUGCUUGAGGGAGAAGUAAACCAGACAGCAGCUCGAAAGAUAAUUGAUAAAAUGGUGCGGGAUGGUUUUGUUGAACCCAAAGGCAACAAAAGAUUAGGGAAACGUGUUAUCCAUUCGGAGUUGACUGAAAGGAAAUUCAUUGAAGUCCAGAAAGCUCUAAGUGAUACUGAAGCUAUGGAUGUUGAUCACUGUGAACCAAAUAGCAAGUCCAAAUUAAUUGGUUUUCGUUUAAAUGGAAGCAACCAUGACGUGUCUACAUGCGGGGUUCUCCACUCCAUUGGGUCAGAUUUAACACGAAUGAAAGUGACAUCUGAGACAAACUAUACUGACUCCGGCAAUGACCAGAAAACAACAACGGCAAAAGAGGCCCGGACUACCCCCAUAAGCAGGCCUGUUAUUUCAAGAGAGAGUUUCGCGAUAGGCAAAGAGAAUGGCAGAAUAAAUGGCAUUGCAAAUCAAGGGGACGAAGCUGAUACACUUAUAUGCAGUAAGUCUUCCCAAGAGAAACGAUCAAGGAAAACUAGCGCGGUGAAGGAGCCUAUCCAUCAAAGUAUGAAACGACAGAGAUCUGAGGUUCUGUGA